GAGUAGCGGGUGGCCUUCACGUUGCUUGCGCGAGUCGCGCACCGUGGAAUAAAGCCAACGGCAAGCGACACCAAGUCGGCAGAGGCGCGCUCGCCGUCAGCCAACGUCUUUCGGCAUACCACUCAUAGACACCGUCCUCCAACGUUCUCAUCAGUCCACUGCGACGCUCGGUAACUUCGAAGAUGCCGCUCCAACAAGCCCCGAAAAUCAAGCUGUCCGAUGGCCAUGAGAUGCCCAUCCUGGGUCUAGGAACGUGGAAAUCCGCUCCUGGGGAUGUGUACAAAGCGGUCUCCCAUGCGAUCGACGUUGGUUACCGGCAUUUCGAUUGCGCUCUAGCCUACCAAAAUGAGCAUGAGGUGGGCAAAGCCAUCCGCGAGAAGGUCCAUGCCGGAGUCAUUAGGCGGGAGGAUAUCUUCGUGACUAGCAAGUGCUGGAACACCUUCCAUUCCAAAGAGCGUGUGAUCGAGUCGUUCAACAAGACAAUGGGUGACCUCGACAUCGGAUACCUUGAUCUCUGGCUGAUGCAUUGGCCCAUGGGAUAUGAAGAAGGAGGCCCGAUUUUCCCCUUGAACGAGGAUAAGACGACGAGGAUUAGCGACGUAGACUUUGUCGAGACAUGGAAGGCCAUGGAAGAGGUUUCGAAGAGCACUGGGAAGAUCCGCAGCCUCGGACUCUCGAACUUCAACUCGGAGCAGGUAGAACGUAUCCUCAAGGAAGCUACGAUCAAACCUGUGAUGAACCAGGUCGAAUGCCAUCCGUACCUCAUCCAGAAGAAACUCAAAGCCUUCUGCGAAGAGCGCGGUAUCAAAAUCACGGCUUAUUGCCCCCUGGGAUCGCCUGACAGGGCUUGGGCUACCGCCGAUGAGCCACCGCUUCUGGAGCACCCGAAAAUCAAGGAGAUCGGUGCCAAGUACGGCAAAACCUCCGCUGCGGUCCUCCUGUGCUUCCAGAUCGAUCGGGGUGUCGUUGUCAUUCCGAAGUCUGUAACUCCAGCGCGAAUUGAGGCAAAUCUGAAUGUUUUCGAUUUCAAGUUGACCGACGAGGACAUCAAAACACUGGAGGAGUUCGACCGUGGCUACCGAUUCUGUUCACUUGCGAACAUCAAACAUCACAAGUACUAUCCGUUCAGCAUCGAAUUUUAGGUGCGAUCUGAUUUCCGCUGAUCGACUCGACCUCAAAAGGAAAUCUGGAGAAACUGGAACAGAAGAUUCUUUGCAAUUUAUCGCGUUGUCAUGAACUUUCAAUCGGUUUAAUAUAUUCUUCAGGACAGAAA